UAAUUUUGUCCACCAUAUGUAAUAAAGGCAAGCAAAUGUGAGGAAGAGCUGUUGCAAUUAAUGCUUCUAAAAUAUCUAGUUCGGACCACCGCGCCAAACACCGUACCUGAAAUGUUUUAAGGACACGGUGGAGAAAUCUCUCUUGUCCACAGUGAUAAAUAACAUCGCUCUUCGGAGAGAUUAAGGAGUUAGUAUCAAAUAACUGUCAGUCAAUAACCACUCCUCUCACUCUUGCGGUUGUUGUAAAUUUAGUGUGAGAUUUGUUUCCUCAUCUGAAGUUGCUUCAACUAUUUCUUUCCUUUACUAGUAAUUGUUUUUUUUUGGGAUACCGCUUUCUUUCACUAUCUUUAUUUCCUCAUUUUCCUGUAUUUGCUUUCUUAUUUUGGGGGUUUUCUGGGUUCGCUUUCUUUAGGGUUUUUGAAUUGACAUUCUCUUUGAGCACUAGCUGGUUAAGUUUCUGUUGCUUUUAUCUAUGUUUUUUUGUCCUUUUUCUUUGAGUGAUUUGAAUUAGGGCAUCAAGCUUGGUGAAAAGUCGAAUUUACCGAAGGUGUUCUUUUCCUUUGAGCACGUAUUUUGAUGGGUCUAGAGCUCAUUAAGUAAAAAGAUCCAAUUUUUAACGUUCUCCCUCUUGUUUUUAAUAAAAAAUGUUCCUGUUUUUAAGUGGUUAUUCCCCUCUUUGUACUCUUAGUCCUGUUUUUACCUCUUUUGGGUAAUUUAUUCGGAUAGGUAUAAUCUGGAAGAGUGUAUAUCUUGUUGUUCUUUUUGUAUGUCAAAUCCCUCCAUUUUAUAUGUUUUUUUGGUGGUUUUAAGCAUGUUGGGUCUGUUUCUUCAUGGAUUUCAUGGGAGAAGCUAGUUUUGCUGGAGGGAAUAUGAUCCCCGAUAGCACUUCUAAUGGUAGUGGCUUUGACAAUUGGGGUCCUGGUUUUUCUGACCAGGCUGUCUGGGCUACUGAGGAUGAUUAUAGAGAUUGGAACACAGGCCCCUCCUCCGAAACCCCUUCCAGUUCCAAUCGAUCUGGGAGUGAGCCUCCCCACAAGAAGUCACGGAGCUCGCAGGGGGCAGAUUCACAUGUUACUAGUCGCUCCAAAGCAAUUGGAAAGAUGUUCUUCAAAACUAAAUUGUGUUGCAAGUUCCGCGCUGGGGUGUGCCCUUAUAUUAAUAAUUGUAACUUUGCUCAUGGUAUAGAAGAGCUGCGCAAGCCGCCUCCUAAUUGGCAAGAGAUAGUUGCUGAACAUGAAAGUGAGCACGGAGGAGGAGGAGGAGUUAUGUUGGAAUUUAGAGAAGAGCACCAGAUACCAACUGUGAGUUCUCCUGAGUUGCGUAUUGAGACACAAAGGUCCUUUAAAGGGAGGCAUUGCAAGAAGUUCUACACUGAAGAAGGAUGUCCUUAUGGAGAUACUUGCACUUUCCUUCACGAUGAACAGUCUCGAGCUAGAGAGAGUGUUGCAAUAAGUGUGACUCCCACUGUUGGUGGAUUUGGUAAUAAUGCUGCUGGAGCAAACCUGAAGCCUUCAAACUGGAAGACAAGAAUUUGUAAUAAGUGGGAGACCACUGGUUAUUGCCCUUUUGGCAGCAAGUGUCAUUUUGCUCAUGGAGCAGCAGAGUUGCACAAGUAUGGUGGAGGACUGAUGGAGACUGAAGGCAAAGAUCCUCUGUCUACUCCUCCAGACUUAAGGCAGGGAGGGGGUUCUUUAAAAACAACAGAAAGUACAGUGCCCUCAACAAUUUCAGCACCUCACACAGAUGUUUACCAUUUGGGGCCGGGCAUUCAAGUGCAAAGGUCCUCUGGCAUAGUCCAGAGAGCUGGCCAUAGGGUCAUUCAGAAAUGGAAAGGGCCAGAUAAAAUUAGUAAGAUAUAUGGUGACUGGAUUGAUGACAUCGAGUGAGGAAGUCGUGUUUGCUAACAACUUAUCUAUUUAUGAAGAUACUCUGUAGGCAGGCAUAGACGUGCUCUCGACUAAUAGGCAUACGAAGGAAUUUGAGUUCUUUUGUAUUUCUUUGAACUGUAACAAGGGCAGGCCUAAUGCUGUUUUAGAGCUACAAACAAAUACAGCUGCUUGUCAGCAUGUAUUGUCUAAUAUCUAUGUAUUCUAAUAUCCCUGUUUGGGAGAAAAGGAGGAGCAAAGUCUCUGUUGUAGUUCAUCCUCUUGAAUUUAAUUAUGUGAUUUGCAUUGCCUAAUGAAAUAAUAACUAGUAGUCGUACCGGCGCGAUGCGCGAUCAA